CGUUAUUCGGCAACUAUUACUCUAGAAUACUACUUUAUUCCCUUCGCUGUCAGAAUGAUAAAAUAUUUACGGAACAAAACUAUGUUCGUCUCAUACGCAUAUCCCUUGACGCAAUCAGUCGAUCGCGGACGAUUACGGCUGUGUGGCUAUAUUGCGUCUAUAAAUUGCGAUUUUGCUCGUAUCCAUCUCACCCUGAACCUGAGCCACAUGUCCUUCGAGUCAAGUAAACCAAACGAGACACAAUGGCCCCACAUCAACAGUAUGGAGUACUUCCGUGUGCCACCACGUUGGCUCUUUGUCAAAAUCACCGACGAGAAUGCCGUUAUGCCUGGGGUGAGACUAUCCUGGAGGACCAUACUCAGGUAGAUCUAGAAAGGUCAAUUCACUGGUAUGGAUGCCGAGUAAGUCGAAAGCUUCGAUGCGGGUCCCAACGGCUCGUCACACAGACCU